GUCAGACCAGGAGGCCCGAAGGAGAUUGAGCCAGGGCCCCAAGGCCAAGUAGGCUGCCAGCUGGCCUCUAGGGCUCUGGAUGAGGACGAAGCAGGGGACUGGCAGCCUCCCUUUGCUGUGGAAGUGGACAACUUUAGGUUCACCCCCCGGAUCCAGAGGCUCAAUGAAUUGGAGGCCCAGACCAGGGUGAAGCUGAACUACCUGGACCAGAUUGCCAAGUUCUGGGAGAUCCAGGGCUCCUCCCUGAAGAUCCCCAAUGUGGAGCGGCGCAUCCUGGACCUCUACAGCCUCAGCAAAAUUGUCGUAGAGGAGGGAGGCUAUGAGGCCAUCAGCAAGGACCGCCGUUGGGCCCGUGUGGCCCAGCGCCUCAACUACCCUGCGGGCAAGAACAUUGGUUCCCUGCUGCGUUCUCACUAUGAGCGGAUUGUCUACCCCUAUGAGAUGUACCAAUCUGGAGCCAAUCUGGUGCAGUGUAACACGAGGCCAUUUGAUAGUGAAGAGAAGGAUAAAGAGUACAAACCCCACAGCAUCCCCCUGCGGCAGUCGGUACAACCCUCCAAGUUCAACAGCUAUGGAAGGCGGGCCAAGAGGCUACAGCCUGAUCCGGAGCCCACUGAAGAGGACAUUGAGAAGAACCCUGAGCUGAAGAAGCUUCAGAUCUACGGGGCUGGCCCUAAGAUGAUGGGCCUGGGCCUCAUGGCCAAGGAUAAGAGCCUUCGGAAGAAGGAUAAGGAUGGCCCCGAAUGUCCCCCCACGGUAGUGGUGAAGGAGGAGGUGGGCCCAGAGCCGAAGCUGGAGCCAGCCUCCCCUAAAGCCUUUGUGGAUGGCAAAGAGGAGCUGAGCCAUAGCCCAGAACCCUGCACCAAGAUGACCAUGCGGCUGAGAAGGAACCAUAACAAUGCCCAGUUUAUCGAAUCCUACGUGUGCCGGAUGUGUGCCCGAGGGGACGAAGACGACAAGCUUCUGCUGUGUGAUGGCUGUGAUGACAAUUACCACAUCUUUUGCCUCCUGCCACCCCUGCCUGAGAUCCCCAAGGGCAUUUGGCGCUGCCCGAAGUGUGUCAUGGCGGAAUGUAAACGCCCUCCAGAGGCCUUUGGCUUUGAGCAGGCUACGCGGGAAUACACACUGCAAAGCUUUGGCGAGAUGGCCGACUCCUUCAAGGCCGACUACUUCAACAUGCCUGUGCACAUGGUACCCACAGAGUUGGUGGAGAAAGAAUUCUGGCGUCUUGUGAACAGCAUUGAAGAAGAUGUGACCGUAGAGUAUGGGGCUGACAUCCACUCCAAGGAAUUUGGCAGUGGCUUCCCCAUCAGUGACAGCACAAGGCACCUGUCCCCUGAGGAGGAGGAGUAUGCAGCCAGUGGUUGGAACCUGAAUGUCAUGCCUGUACUUGAGCAAUCGGUCCUGUGCCACAUCAAUGCUGACAUCUCUGGCAUGAAGGUGCCCUGGCUCUAUGUGGGCAUGGUGUUCUCUGCCUUCUGUUGGCACAUCGAGGACCACUGGAGCUACUCCAUUAACUACCUCCACUGGGGCGAGCCUAAGACGUGGUACGGCGUCCCGUCAUUUGCAGCUGAGCACCUGGAGGAGGUGAUGAAGAAGUUGACACCAGAGUUAUUCGACAGCCAGCCUGAUCUCCUUCACCAGCUGGUCACUCUCAUGAAUCCCAACACACUUAUGGCGCACGGGGUGCCGGUUGUCCGCACCAAUCAGUGUGCAGGGGAGUUUGUCAUCACUUUUCCCCGAGCCUACCACAGUGGCUUCAACCAAGGCUACAACUUUGCAGAAGCUGUCAACUUCUGCACUGCUGACUGGCUGCCCGCGGGGCGUCAGUGUAUCGAGCACUACCGUCGGCUCCGGCGCUACUGUGUCUUCUCCCAUGAAGAACUCAUCUGCAAGAUGGCUGCAUGCCCGGAGAAGCUAGAUCUGAACCUGGCUGCUGCCGUGCACAAGGAGAUGUUCAUCAUGGUUCAGGAGGAGCGGCGGCUACGAAAGGCCCUCCUCGAGAAGGGCAUCACAGAGGCAGAGCGGGAAGCCUUCGAGUUGCUCCCUGAUGAUGAGCGCCAGUGUGCCAAGUGUAAGACAACAUGCUUCCUGUCUGCAUUGGCCUGUUAUGACUGUCCUGACGGGCUUGUCUGCCUGUCCCACAUCGAUGACCUCUGCAAAUGCCCCACCAGCAAGCAGUACCUAAGAUACCGAUACACACUGGAUGAGUUACCUGCCAUGCUGCAUAAACUGAAGGUGCGGGCUGAGUCCUUCGAUACGUGGGCCAGCCAAGUGCGUGCAGCUCUGGAGCUGGAGGAUGGGCGGAAGCGCAGCCUGGAGGAACUCAGGGCCUUGGAGUCCGAGGCCCGAGAACGCCGCUUCCCUCACAGUGAGCUCCUACAGCAGCUGAAGGACUGCCUGCGCCGAGCCGAGGCCUGUGUCUCCCGGGCUCUGAGGCUGGUCAGCAGUCGGGAGGCAGGGGGCAUGGAGCCUGGUGGGGAGCGCCGGGUCCCUAGGGCAGCACCCCCCCAUCUGACCUUGGAGGAGCUCCAGGAGUUCAUUGAGGAGAUGAGCAGCCUGCCCUGUGCCAUGCACCAGCUUGGCGAAGUCAAGAGCAUCCUGGAGCAGGUGGAAGCUUUUCAGGCCCAGGCCCAGACAGCUCUGGCCUCCCUGCCUGCCAGCCUGGGCCACCUACCCAGCCUGCUGGAACAGGCUCAUCUCCUGGGUGUGGAGGUGCCUGAGGCUGGGCAGCUGAAGCUGCAGGUGCAGCAGGCCCACUGGCUGGAUGAAGUGAAGAGGGCCCUGGCACCACCAGCCCAGCGGGGCACCUUGGCCGUUAUGCGAGGGCUGCUAGUGUCAGGAGCUGGUGUGGCACCCAGCCCUGCUGUGGAUAAAGCCCGGGCCGAGUUGCAGGAGCUGCUCGCCAUUGCUGAGCGCUGGGAGGAGAAGGCCCAUCUCUGCCUGGAGGCCAGGCAGAAACACCCUCCUGCCACCCUCGAGGCCAUAAUCCGAGAGGCUGAGAACCUCCCCGUCCACCUGCCCAACAUCCUGGCCCUGAAAGAGGCCCUUGGCAAGGCUCGGGCCUGGAUUGCGGACGUGGAUGAGAUCCAGAACGGUGAUCACUACCCAUGCUUGGAUGACUUGGAGGGCCUGGUGGCUGUGGGCCGGGACCUGCCUGUGGGCCUUGAGGAACUGAGGCAGCUAGAGUUGCAGGUGCUGACAGCCCACUCCUGGCGGGAGAAAGCUUCCAAGACCUUCCUCAAGAAAAACUCCUGCUAUACUCUGCUUGAGGUGCUGUGUCCGUGUGCAGAUGCUGGCUCGGAGAGCAUGAAGAGAGACAGAUGGAAGAGGGAGAAGGAGCUGGGCCUCUACAGAUCAGACACUGAGCUCUUGGGCUUGUCUGCCCAGGACCUCAGAGACCCAGGCUNNNAGAUCCUGGCCUUCAAGGAGGGUGAGCAGAAAGAGAAGGAAGGCAUCUUACAUCUGCGCCGUGCCAACGCAACCAAGCCACGCCCAUCAGAGCUCAAACUCACUGGCUCCCCCUUGGCUUUGCCCUCACCUGAUUCCCCAUCCUGUGUGUGCGGGCAGGCACCAGUGGGUGAGGGGGCCCUACAGUGUGACCUGUGCAGGGACUGGUUCCAUGGCUGCUGUGUGUCAGCCCCACGCCUCAGUGGGCUCCGGCCCCUGAGCCCCACCCCCACGGCUCCCCUGGCCUGGUGGGAGUGGGACACUAAAUUCCUCUGCCCACUUUGCAUGCGCUCCCGUCGACCUCGCCUAGAAACCAUCUUAGCCCUCCUGGUGGCCCUGCAGAAGCUGCCGGUUCGACUUCCUGAAGGCGAGGCCCUGCAGUGCCUGACCGAGCGGGCCAUUGGCUGGCAGGGUAGGGCCCGGCGGGCCCUGGCAUCCAGGGAUGUGUCAGCACUGCUGGGUCAUCUGGCUGAGCUCCGGCAACGACUGCACCGGUCCCCAACCACCCCUCGCCCCCAGCCUGGCAGCCUGGCCCAGGUCCCACUCAGGGAGAGCAGAGAUGGUAGCAGGAAUGAACCUCAGGUGGCUUUGGAGAACGGAGAUGGCAUGAAAAACCCCGAGAAGGCCAGUCCUGGGGGCAGCUCAGACCUGGAGCUGCUGUCCUCACUGCUGCCCCGCCUGGAAGGACCUGUGCUCGAGCUGCCUGAGGCAGCCCGGGUACCCCUGGAGGAGCUGAUGAUGGAAGGGGAUCUCCUGGAGGUGACCUUGGACGAGAACCACAGCAUCUGGCAGCUCCUGCAGGCAGGCCGCCCCCCAGACCUACCCCGGCUCCGCACACUGAUUGAGCUGGAGAAGGCCGACAGGCAAGGUGCCCGAGGGCGGAACCGGGCUCCCGAAAAGAGGCGGCGGCGGAAGGGGGAGCGCACAGACCUCACCAGGGAGGAGCUGGAGCCAAAGAGAGCCCGGGGCCCGGUGCCCACUGAGGCAGAGGAGAUGCUGGAGGAGGAAGAGGAUGAUGAGGGUGAGGCUGAUGGGACCAGAGCCGGAGACGAUGGCCUUCCCCCAGUUGGUGGCACCCGGAGCUCCAGCCCUCCCCUGAGCCAGAACAGGCCCGAGGUGAGGCCAGGGAGCCAGAGGGGUGGGCCCUCUGCCAUCUGCCCUCUGCCCACCUCCCCCUGUCCCUCUGAACAACAACAGUUGUGACAGUUGGGAGCUGGACACGUGCACAGUCCCUUGUACCUGCGCCCCACCCCACCCCACCCCCGACCUACCCCUGUCUCGGGAGAGGGAUAGACAACUUGGGGUUGCAGGCAACUCAGCCACCCAGGGCGCUAUCAACUCUGGCUGCCUGGGCACUCAGGGCCCGCGGAGUCCUCAGAACUCGGGGAUGGGGGGAGGUGGGGGAGGAUAGGCCAAGACUGGCCUUUGGGGGUCUUCGACCCUCCCUCCUCUCCUUCCCCCAGAAGGGCCUCCUACCAGCAUUCAUUCCCUCAGAUGGGCAGGCCUGUGGUCUGCCCCAUCCUGUCUUCCUCUAGCCUCAGCCAGCACCAUUCCAGGAGUGGGUGGCAGAGAGGGGAAGGCCAGAUGUCAGCUUGGCUGGCUCUGACCCUGGGGAGCAUGGGGGCUAUCGGCCCCUUCUGCUUGGGGCUAGGCUUCCACUAACCCUCUGCUCUCUCCCCCUCCUCCCCCUC